GCAAUAUUUCUAAAUUAAAUUACGUUACAGAUCAGCGCCCGCGUCCUGGCAGACCAGACCGUAGCAGGGAUGACCGUCCAAGAGAGCAUCAUGACAGAAACCCCAGGCCCGGGAAUAAAAGGAUGGCUGACCGGGGAGAUGAUAGGAACCGCAAUGACCGUCCGGACCACCGUAUAGACAACCGGCCGGACAGGAGACGGGACCGUCCAGAGAGGAGGUCCAGGUUUGACAGUGGUGACAAGGCAGGUGAUAAGAACCCUGGAAAUAUGCUUCCUGGAGCUAUGAUGAUGCCAGUGGCAGGUCCUAGUGGCAUGAUGCCAUUUGGAAUGAUGCAGCAGCCCGGCCAGAUGGAAAUGCAACCAAUGGGAGGCAUGCCUCAUCCCAACAUGCCAAACAUGUCCAAUAUGCAAAACAUGCAGAACAUGCCCGGCAUGAUGCCUGGAAUGAUGCAGAUGAAUCCAAUGAUGGAUCAGAACAUGUUCAUGAUGAACCAACAAAUGAUGCCUAUGAUGCACCCAUCCAACCAGCCAAUCUACUGCAGCUCUGUUGUUCUCUUGACUCCGAUACCGGGUGCUUCUCUGCCUAACCGCAGAGAGCGGCCACCAGGCUGCCGUACAAUCUUUGUUGGAGGCUUGCCUAACGGUGUAAAGGAAGACAUUCUUCAAGAGAUUUUCCAGCGGUUCGGUAACAUUACCGACAUCAAGUUGCACAGACAGGGAGUGUGUCACAUCAGAUUUGAGAAGCAGGAAAGUGUGGAGGCUUCCUUCAGCAUCUCUGGAUUCCGAUUCAAAUAUCACAAUCAGGGUGACAGCGAGGCUACUACUAUCUUUGUGGACUUUGCAUUGAACCGCGACGACUACGCCGAGUUCGAGCGAAGCAAGCGCGGUAAGCGUGAUCCCACGCCACCGCGCAUUGAGCCGCUCACGCCGGCCUCUUUGCAGACUGUCACCGAGAAGGUCAAAAGUGAUGACCAGUUCGCUGAGGCUGCUCCUACCCUAGUCGGGUGGCUGGAACGCGGCGAAUGCAACAAGAAGAACGCGAACGCGUUCUACUCGCUCAUCCAAGCCUCCAACAACCAGAUCCGCCGCCUCUUCAACGAAAAAAUGGUGCUUGACGACGAGUACCAGAACAUGAAACUCACUAUGAAGGAGAAAUUCGCGCAUAUACUACUGCAAUUCGAGCAGGUAGCGAAAAUACUCUCCGCGGCGCGCCACCAGCGCGUCUCCGACCACUUUAGCAAGCAGCAGCGCAGGAACAUCGAGAUGUGGCUCAAGAUGACUGAGGAGGUGGAAAACAUAAAAGAAGAGUUUGAAACAAACUUCAGCGAGGAAGAGAUUGAGAAGAUUGGAAAGAACACGGUCCCUCAGGAGAAAUACGAUGAGCUCAGGGCAGAGCACGAGAACCUGAUGUACGAGCUGGAAGGCUACAAGAACGAGGCCCACCUCGCCAAGGACGAGGCCGAGCGAAAGUUCGAGACCUUCAAGGCGCACUUCAUCGCUCAACACAACUUGAACAACAAACAGGUGCUGCCGCCGCCGCCGACGCCGCGCGUCGAGGCGCCCAAGCCGAUGCCGCCGCCGCCCACCCCCGACGACAACAAGUACAUCGUCUCCGGCCCCGCCGUCCCCCCCUCCGAGGCCAAACUCAUCAGCAUCCUCACCGCGUUCCUCAUGGUGCACCCCCUCGGAGCGUCCCUCGACUACCUCGUCUCUUACGUUAGAAGUAUGACCCCCAACGUAACGCAGGCCACGGUGCAAGAGAUACUCCAGAAGUAUGAAGAUGUUUUCCGCAGAGUAACGUCGGGCGUUGGCGCGUCUAUUGAGAUUAGAUGGUGCUAUGUUACCUUUGAUACUAUUAAGCUGGAGCAACAUUAAAGUUAAAAGUUACUUAACCCUUUAGUCCGUAGCGGCAACAUACUUGUCAUCAUACUUAAAACAAAAACGCAUCUCUACGGAUAUCUCUCUAAGGAUUACGGUUCUAAAUCGAAUGAUUGUCAAAUGGUUAAAGGGUUAAGCUAGGGCUAGUGGCGGUUUGAUACAGCCCGACCUAAGUGUAGUUUUUAACGCUUGACGCAAAGCAAACUAGCCUAGGUCUCACUAUACGUGUUCUCAUUAUCCCACAACGAAUUGCUAGUUUGUGCAAGAAUUUUCCAAGUGAGGAUUUUUUCUUCUGUAGUAUAAGCAGUCGUUACAAAAAUUUCAAAGUAAAUUAUGGACUCUAUUUACAAUCAGGGGUUUUCAUGUUUAACUUCAGAUUACUUAGUAGAUAAGUGUUGAUCGGAAUGAUUACAAUAGAUUCUAUAUGUAAUUAAAUUUAAAAAGGUUUUGUCUUAGAAGAUAAAAAAUAGAAUGUUAUUUGUAUAAAAUGUUAUGUCAACUUGCUGAAUAUUCUGUUUAAUCAUAAAAUGUGCUCAGUGACGACUUAUGUACAAAUAUGUAUGCAGGCGUGCUAAGCUAAUACAUAGUUUCACUGUCUGUACAUGCAUUAAUAUUUUUAUGCAUACAGACAAUUCUAAAUGUGUUCAAUAAUUAGUAAUUAUUAGACAAUCUUCUAGUAAACUGACUGGUGAUGACAAGAUUUCUGUGCACUAAUUCUUAGUUGUAAUUAUAUUUAGGUCAUAGUGACAUUAAAGUGUAUUUUAAAAUA